AUGGACAGAUCAUCUCUGUGCUGUCGUAGAAAGUUGCAGGCCAAAAAGGGCAAGCCCAAUGCGGAAUGGGAAGACAGUCCAUCACACUUUGAAGAGGAGCUGUCCAUGUUUGAUGAUGCAGAGAUGGACAUGGAAGACAUGGAGGGACAGGCUGGACACGAUGUCAUUCCUGUGGGCGAGUUGUUCUCAGCCGACCUGAAUCCUCGCUGGCGACGGCCGCCUGCUCCGACCCUGAACCCUGCUGUGGACACUUUGAUAUUCCAACAAAUUGAUCUGGACUAUUAUUUAGAUGCAGCAGUUCCAGGCAUGCCGGGCCAGACGCAGGGGAAAGUGCCCAUCAUCCGUAUGUUUGGGGUGACCGACAGUGGGAAUAGUGUGUGCUGUCACAUCCACGGCUUUGCUCCGUACUUCUAUGUGGCUGCUCCUGCGGGAUUCAAAUCUGAUUUCUUGGGUGAAUUCCAGAGAGAAUUGAACUCUGUGGUGCUCAAAGACAUGCGCUCCAAUAAGGACAACAUUUCUGUCACUGUUCUGGCUGUGGACAUCACCCGUAAAGAGAGCAUGUAUGGUUACCACGGAAAAUGUAUUCUGGAUUUCCUCAAGAUUACCAUGGCCAUGCCCCGCCUCAUCGCCCCGGCAAAGAGACUCCUGGAACAGGGCUUUAAGUUUGGGCCUUUUCCACAUCAGAGUUACCAGUCCUUUGAGGCCAACAUUGACUUUGAAAUUAGGUUUAUGGUAGACUGUGACGUUGUUGGCUGCUGCUGGAUCGAGCUGCCCAAAAACACGUUCAGAGUUCGGGAGGAGAAGAGCGGAGAUUCAUCUCGAUUCCCGAGCAAGGUCAGUCUGUCCUGGGUUCUGUCCUGGGUUCUGUCCUGUGUUCUGUCCUGUGUUCUGUCCUGUGUUCUGUCCUGUGUUCUGUCCUGUGUUCUGUCCUGUGUUCUGUCCUGUGUUCUGUCCUGUGUUCUGUCCUGGGUUCUGUCCUGUGUUCUGUCCUGUGUUCUGUCCUGUGUUCUGUCCUGUGUUCUGUCCUGUGUUCUGUCCUGUGUUCUGUCCUGUGUUCUGUCCUGUGUUCUGUCCUGUGUUCUGUCCUGUGUUCUGUCCUGUGUUCUGUCCUGUGUUCUGUCCUGUGUUCUGUCCUGUGUUCUGUCCUGUGUUCUGUCCUGGGUUCUGUCCUGGGUUCUGUCCUGGGUUCUGUCCUGGGUUCUGUCCUGGGUUCUGUCCUGGGUUCUGUCCUGUUCUCUCCAUGUUCUCUCUUUCGCUUUCGUCCAGGCCUCCCUCUGUCAGUACGAGGUGGAUGUGGGCUGGAACGACAUGAUCAGUCACCCUGCAGAAGGCGACUGGCAGAGGAUCGCACCGCUCCGAGUGCUGAGCUUUGACAUAGAGUGCGCAGGAAGAAAAGGAAUCUUCCCAGAAGCAGAGAAGGACCCAGUCAUUCAGAUCGCCUCCAUGGUGCAGCGUCAGGGCGAGACGGAGCCCUUCAUCCGGACAGUGUUCACCCUGCAGUCCUGUGCCAGCAUCGUGGGCUCCCAAAUCCUCUGCUUCACACAAGAAAAGCAGCUCCUACAGAGCUGGGCUGAGUUUCUGCGCACGGUGGACCCAGACAUCAUCACUGGCUACAACAUUCAGAACUUUGACUUCCCGUAUUUGUUGAAUCGAGCCGCCGCGUUGAAGGUCCACCUGUUCCCGUACUUGGGCCGAGUGCUAGGCGCCAGGUCGGUUAUCAAAGAUCUGAACUUUCAGAGUAAACAGAUGGGAAGACGUGAAAACAAAACUGUAAACAUGGAGGGGCGUGUUCAGUUUGAUCUACUGCAGGUUCUGCUCAGGGACUACAAACUUCGCUCGUACACUCUGAACGCUGUCAGCUUUCACUUUUUACAAGAGCAAAAAGAGGACGUGCAACAUUCUAUCAUUACGGACUUACAGAACGGCAACGAGCAAACGCGGCGCCGCUUGGCGGUCUACUGCCUGAAGGACGCGUACCUGCCCCUGCGCCUGCUGCAGAAGCUCAUGUGUGUCAUCAACUACAUGGAGAUGGCCCGUGUGACCGGAGUCCCGCUGUCCUACCUGCUCUCCAGAGGGCAGCAGAUCAAAGUGGUGUCUCAGCUGCUACGCCAGGCAAUGAAGCAGGAUCUGGUCAUGCCCGUGGUGAAGACCGAGGGGGGCGAGGAUUACACUGGAGCCACUGUGAUCGAGCCAGAGAAAGGAUACUACAGCCUUCCCAUCGCCACGCUGGAUUUCUCCUCCCUGUACCCAUCCAUUAUGAUGGCUCACAACCUGUGCUACACGACGCUGCUGCAGAGAGGCUCCGCAGAGAAACUGGGACUUUCAUCGGACGACUUCAUCAAGACUCCGACUGGGGACCAGUUUGUGAAGAGCUCUGUGAGGAAGGGUCUACUCCCUGAAAUCCUGGAGAACCUGCUGUCUGCCAGGAAGAAAGCAAAGACGGAACUGAAGAAAGAAACGGACCCGUUCAAGAAACAAGUGUUGGACGGCCGACAGCUGGCUCUCAAAAUCAGUGCCAACUCUGUGUACGGCUUCACCGGCGCUCAAGUGGGAAAACUGCCCUGUCUGGAAAUCUCCCAGAGCGUGACUGGAUUCGGACGGCAGAUGAUAGAGCAAACCAAACAGCUCGUCGAGUCUCGCUACACCAUCGCCAACGGGCACCAGGCCGAUGCCAAGGUCAUUUAUGGAGACACGGAUUCGGUUAUGGUUAAGCUCGGCGUUGCCACGGUGAGGGAGGCCAUGGAAAUUGGAAAGGAGGCAGCUGAGUGGGUGUCGUCACAUUUCACUGAGCCGAUCAAACUGGAGUUUGAAAAGGUCUACUUUCCGUAUUUGCUCAUCAACAAGAAGCGCUACGCAGGUCUGUACUUCUCCUCCAGCGCGGACACUCACGAGAAGAUGGACUGUAAGGGGAUUGAGACUGUACGGAGAGACAACUGCCCCCUAGUGGCCAAUCUUAUCAACACGUGCCUCCAGAAAAUCCUAAUCGAGAGAGACCCGCAGGGAGCUGUAGACCAUGCCAAAGAAAUAAUCUCGGACCUGUUGUGUAACCGCAUUGACAUCAGCCAGCUGGUGAUCACGAAGGAGCUGACCCGAACGGCCCAGGAGUACGCAGGCAAACAGGCCCAUGUGGAGCUGGCAGAGCGAAUGAGAAAAAGAGAUGCAGGAAGUGCCCCUAAUUUAGGAGACCGAGUGCCUUACGUCAUCAUUAAAGCUGCAAAAGGAGCAGCAGCAUACACAAAAUCAGAGGAUCCUAUUUAUGUGCUGGAAAACAACAUCCCCAUCGACACGCAGUACUACCUGGAGCAGCAGCUGUCCAAGCCCCUGCUGAGAAUAUUCGAGCCUAUUUUAGGAGAGACCAAAGCUGAGAGUGUCCUGCUCAAGGGCGACCACACGCGCUGCAAAACCGUGCUGACCUCAAAGGUGGGAGGCCUCAUGGCGUUUGCCCAGAAGAGGAGCACCUGCAUCGGCUGCAAAGCGGUGCUCAAAACGGAUGCGGCUGUGUGCGAUUUCUGCAAGAGAAAGGAGUCUGAACUUUACCAGAAGGAGAUUUAUCAUCUAAACACGCUGGAGGAGCGCUUCUCCCGCCUGUGGACGCAGUGUCAGCGAUGUCAGGGCUCGCUGCACGAGGACGUGUUGUGUACCAGCCGUGACUGCCCCAUUUUCUACAUGCGGAAAAAGGUCCAGUUCGACCUGGACGACCAGAGCAAACUGGUGUCUCGCUUCGGCUGGUGA